AUUCUUUUAUCCACAGUAAGGCAAAACAUCUGUCCUUGUGCAACACCACCUCUUUCCUUUUCUACUGGAAACAUUGUUUUUUGAUCUGCCAAAGCCAGAUGGAGAGGUUUGUACAUCUUGCCAUCUUAGUGUCCUUGUCAGAUACCUAUGCAGCAAGUAAUGUUGCAGUUGUGUAUGGGAUUGAAGGGGAGUCAGUUUCGAUCAACUGCACCUAUAAUCCCAAAGAGCACCUGUGGAGAGAAAAGAGUUGGUGCAGACACAUCAACAGGACAGAGUGUCAGCGUGUUGUCAGUGCUCGACGUUUUUGGAUGCCAUUCCUCAAGAGGAGAAAUGGAACCACUGCCAUUGCUGAUGACAGUCAGAAUGGGAUCCUCACAGUAACCAUCAGCCCACUAAAGAAGGAAGAUGCCGGAUUGUAUCAGUAUAAGACAGAUUUCUUGGGGAGCAUGAGCACCCUGUGCAAAGUGAUGCUGAAGGUUCUACAAGCAGGCACAUGGAAGACUGAGGCACCAGAGGAGCCCAGAGCAGAACACAGCAUCUCCAGGACCUUAGGAAAUUCUGGAGCCAAUCUCCAUUACCUUGUGGCUGGAUUCCUGGGUUUCAAAUGCCUGGUUGUCAUAUUCCUUUUGAUUAUUGCCUGGAGUCAGAGGAACAGAAGGUUGGAGGAUGGCAGCAGAAGAGAAAAUGAACAUCAACUCCUCUCAAUCACAGGUGGCAUCACUACUACAGCUUAACAGGAAAAGAUCGUUGUAACUAGAUGUGUCGGAAGAAAGACAAAAAAACAAACAAAGAAGAAUUCAUUGAUAGGUGCAUGGAAGUGGCUACAGCAGAUACAGACAGCAUAAGAAAGACCUGCUUGCUUUAUCAUUUCACUUCAUGUCCAACUCAAAGAUUGUUGCAUUUCACUUGCAAAGCCAAGUUUUGCUGCAAGACAGACGGAGACAACUGCUCUGCUAUCAGCCAAAAAAAGAGAUGUGGCAUAUAGGGGCACAUUUAACCAUACUACACUGGGAGCAAUUGAGCGAGUAUAAUAACUGUGAGGGAUUUCCUUUCUAACUCUUUUGCAAAGUGUAUCUAAUAAUAGAUGUGUGGAAAUGCUUAUUGGUGGAUUGGAGACAAAAAGACUUAUUAGGAAGUACCUUGGAGAGAAGGCAUGCUUUGGUUAUUUUUAUAUAAUUAAAAUACUAUAUAAACUGUGUAUAAAGUAGCUUUUUCAAACAUCUAAAUAGUACAGGAAGCACAUCAAAUGCUUUCACAGGGUAAGCAUAAUAACUUAUUCACAUGUCUAAAUAGACCUAGAUUGCUUGGGUUGCCCCCUCUUGCCUCAAGACACCAGGCAUUACUCCUUAAAUCUACUAUUGAAGCAGAAGAGAAAGCAGUAGACCUGUCUCUUCUCCAGCUCAUCUUCCCUAUUCCCCCUGCAGACCUAUCAUCCAUUCCUUCUUCUGUAGCUGAUAAGGCAACAGGUCUCCAGCUGUGCCACACAGCAGGUAAGAAUCACAUUUGGAGUGUGGAGAGAAUGUGGAACUGUAGCAGUAGCAAAGGUACUAUUUUUUUUCUUACAGAAUUUGCAAGUUGAAUGUGAAAUUACAGACCUGUUGUUUAGAUUAUCUUUUGUCUCAGAAAGUUACUUGGAACAAUUACAGAAAAAGACUUGAUAAAUAGCUUAUUAGGAGUUGUGAUUGUGAUCUUGGUGUCUCAGAUGAUCUUAUAUGACCUUGCUAAUCUUAUUUAGAGUAAUCAAUCAGAUAUUUAGAAAUAAUCACAUGAUUGUGUGAAUCAAACAUGAAGAAAGACAAGACCAAUCAUGUUUUCUAUUAAUAAGCCCUCCUGAAAGAAGCAAAUCAGAUUUCUCUGGCUAGAAGACUCAGAAGCAGAGGUGAGCUCUCUUGAUGAGAAAUUGAGUACUUGGGGCUUUUUUGAUAAACCCUGAAAGCAGAGACAAAAGCUAAAACCUGAUUUUAAAAAACAACAACUAUCAGUUUCAUUUCUUUGAUGUGAUUUGAUACCCCACUCUCCCUGGCCUAGUAAUGCUAGGAGGCUGGUAUUGUUAGCAUGCAUUUCCACAGUUUCUGUAGGAUUAAUUCUCUUAUGUCUAUUUUCUGAAUAUGUCUUUAUUUUCUUCUGUCUUGCUCAAUAAAAUGAAUCUUUGUUUAAUUAAAAAA